UGCCAUGUGAUCAGCUGUGUCUAGUCACAGCUGAUCGCAUCACUGAUGAUCAUUUCCCUGAUGAUCAGUGUAGUCCCAUCAGUGCCACCUGUCAAUGUCCAUCAAUGCCAGCUGUCAGUGCCCAUCAAUGCCACCUGUCAGUGCCCAUCAGAGCAUAUCAAUGCCACAUAUCAGUGCCUACCAGUGCAAAUCAAUGACACAUAUCAGUGCCCAUCUGAGCUGCCUUUCAGUGCCAACUAUCAGUGUCAGUCAGUGCCACCUAUCAGU